AACAGGCGGGAUUGAGGUCCCCGUACCUCCCAGAUUCCGUUUUGCUUACAGACUUCAACUCAGCCUUCAUCCUUGGGUCCAGGUGUCUGUCAGGUCCUGCAGCCCAGGUUGCAGCGUCCAGAACCGAUAUGAACUUUGAAGACUUGGCCAUUGCCUUCUCUCAGGAGGAGUGGAAUCUUCUUGAUGAGGAUCAGAGACUUCUGUACUGCGAAGAGAUGCUGGAAGUUUUUGCACUUGUAUCAUCUGGUGAACUUGCAAGAUGUUCUCAGAGGAGGCCUGGUUCUGUUGAGUGCCAGUUGAGGGAAGGGUGUUGGCAUAAAAUGGAUGAGAAGGAGGUGCCUCCUGAGCAGAGUGUAUCUGUAGGAGAGUCACAGGUCGGGGUUUCUAAGACAGCUCCAGCAACCCAGAAGACCUACCUGUGUAAGUGGUGCUUCUCAGUUUUAAAAGAUAUUUUGCACCUGACAGAGUUACAAGCAGCAUACUGUGAGCAGAAAGCCUUCUUCAGUGACACAUCUGUGAAAGACUUCUUUUUAAGUGCAAACUGUCACCAGCAGCAAAGAGAUGCCAGUGGAGAGAAGCCCUGGAGAGAAGAUACGGACGGGGCCUCGUUUGUGUCCAGGUGCAGCUUCUAUUUAACAUGGGUGCCUUCAACCAGUAGGGAGGUUGGCAAAGACUUGCCAGCCAUCUCAGAUAUUCUCCAACACCAGGCCACUGUUAGCACUGAGGAGCCACACAGUAGCAGUGAGUUUUCCCAUGAAUUUCUCGGUGGAAAAAGUCAUCACCAAUGUGUUGAAUGUGAAAAAGCUGCCAACAUCUACCAGAAGGUUGUUCAGCAUCUGGGUGUCUGCUCUGGAGAAGUGAAUUAUGAGUGUAACAAAUGUGGGCAAGGUUUUAGACAAAUGUUUAACCUCAUUCAGCAUAAGGGAGUUCACAAUGGACAAAAGCCCUAUGAGUGUAGUGAUUGUUGGAAGUUCUUCAGAAAUAAGUCUAAUCUCAUUCAACACCAAAGAGUUCAUACUGGAGAAAAGCCAUAUGAGUGUAGUGAUUGUGGGAAGAUCUUCAGCCAAAGUUCUACGCUCAGUCAACACAAAAGAGUUCACACUGGAGAGAAGUCUUAUGAGUGUACUUACUGUGGAAAGGCCUUCCGUGAAAAGUCUCACCUCAUUAAACACUACAAAGUUCACACUGGGGAAAAGCCCUAUGAGUGUACUUACUGUGGAAAGGCCUUUCGUGAAAGGUCUCACCUCAUUAAACACUGCAGAGUUCACACUGGAGAAAAGCCCUAUGAGUGUAGUGCCUGUGGGAAGUCCUUCCGUCAAAGAUCUACCCUCACAAAACACCUCAGAGUUCACACUGGAGAAAAGCCCUAUGUGUGUAGUGACUGUGGGAAGUCCUUCCGUCAAAGAUCUACCCUCACGAAACACCUCAGAGUUCACACUGGAGAAAAACCCUAUGAGUGUAGUGACUGUAGGAAGUCUUUCAAUCAAAGGUCUCACCUCAUUAAACACUGCCGAGUUCACACUAGAGAAAAGCCCUAUGAGUGUAGUGAAUGUGGAAAAUCUUUUAGCCGCAAACCUAGCAUAGUUAGACACUUGAGAGUUCAUUCUGGAGAAAGGCCUUAAAUGUGCAAGUAGUGUUUUAUUUUUGUCACUCAGAAUAGCAGUACUGAAAGAGACUCUUUGAUACCCAUUUACCAAAAUAUAAACCUCUUUUAAUGAAAAAUACCCUCUGCUAGGUUACCCAUAAUUUUUAGAUACAAGGCACAAGUGAGUCUUUAAGGAGCUUCAUUAUACUUGUAACCUACCCAGGCCUACUACCCGAUUGAUGUCACUGUGUGUACUUGUGGCUGAAGUAAUUUCACCUCUACCACCUGGCUCGCUUAUGCAGUGUGCAUCAGUCACAACCCCUGUCUGCUCAGGGGAAAUGAAUUAUGUCUUAUCACUUCUAAUGAUGAAAUUAAGAAAACUAUCUCUUGGCAGGAUCUUCAUUCCAUUCUCUGACUAGGGAAUUGACCAGACCCAGAGUUCAUCCAGAAUACCAAUCCUCAGCUAACCAAUGCUAGCUCUUUCAGGGACAUUAUGGUUCUCACAUCAUGCUGUGAUGAAUUGUUUCAGGUUCUAAUUCACCAACCUGCAAAACUGCUUGCUGUAUACUGGUCUGGUUUAUGAUCCUUUAGUAAAGGUGUUUUUUUUCUUUUAUAACUUAAAUUUUAUGAUUCUCUUCACUCCCUGGGGUGAUUUGAAAGCACAAUUGUAAACACAGAGCAUGUAGAUAUUAUGGGGAUCCCAAACUUUCUGUGCUUUGGAAGGCACAACAUGAUGACAGAAAAUCACUUGGUCCAAUGUUGGCUUAUUCUGCAUUGCUGCCCAUGGCCUUGAAAGAAAGACUGCAUGACUUUGUGGUUCUAAGUUGCAGUCUGGUACCUCGAUUGUUGGGGAGGUCAAUGGUCACCCAGAAGAGAAGGCCUGUGCUGUGCUUCUGUGAACAAUGUGAAUUAUAUUAUCUGUGCACAGUAUGUAUUACAUAAGUCUCAGCAAUCUUAAGGGGAAGUCCUCUCCAUGUACUGCAAAGGAGCCAUGUAGGAAAUUUCUUAGGCUGGUGUCAUUUGUUGUAAGACUCUGAGGUGAAACUAAUAUUGGUACAAACUCUAUUUUCAUAGUGAUGGGAGAGACUGUGAUAAAUUAGAUGAAAAAUGCCUCUUCUGAAUGCAAAUCCACAAAUGAUUCAGGGCCUGUGGCUUGUGUGAUCUUUGUGUAAAGACAUUCUCAGGACCUCCAUAACUGUUUCCUGUAGCUGAAGUCAUUGACAGGGAAAAUGAUCCAGCGGUUUUGUAGAUUCCCCUGGCCUCUGUAGGAUGUUCACCUCAAGGUUUCCUCAACAGGCAAGAGCUCCAAGCCAGAGAAAGGAUAGUCCUGUAAUCAGUCCCAGGAUGUGGCUUAGUGACCAGUCAGCAUUCCUGUUGGUUCCGAGGGCAAUAGUCUUCGCUGCUGCCAAUAUUUGCUGCCACUGAGGCAAGGCUGUUCCUCCCAGGAAAUGAGAACUGACAUGCAACUAAGGACACUUUUCUAACUGUACUACUUGGUGAGCCUUGACAUAGGGAUAAAUCUGUGAAACCAUCUCAUGUGAAAUAAAUUUAUCUGUCACUCUUAAACAGGGUAGGACUUUUUUGUUUUUCACAGGAGGUCUAUUUUCUUGAUUUUUAAAAAAUAUAUUGUUAUUGAUUUCAGAGAGGGAGAAGGAGAGAGGGAUAGAAACAUCAAUGUUGAGAGAGCUCGCAACCUGGGCAUGUGCCAUGACCGGGAAUCGAACCGUGACCUCGUGGUUCAUAGGUUGACAUUCUUUAUUCAUAUAAAGAAAAUGCUUAUGAAAACCCAUGAAUCCUGUUCUAGCCUUCCAUCAUUACCUACCAGCAUGGUGGUUCUUGUUUCUACCUAUCCCCAGUUACAUUAGUGGGUUAUUUAACUUAAAAUCCCAGAUAUGUCUGGUCAUGCCCUGAUAGCUCAGGUGGUCAGAGCAUCAUCUCAAUAAUGCCAAGAUUGCAGAUUCCGUCUCUGCUCGGGGCACAUGCAAAAAUCAACCACGUAAUGUAUAAAAUUAUGUUAACAACAAAUUGAUUAUCACUCUCCCCAUUUUUCUUUCUCUAAAAUCAAUAUCUUUGUUUUAUUCACCCAGUCAGUCCACACACAUGUGAACACCAGCAUAGCCCAGGGACCACAUGGUAACCAGUAGCCAGGGUUCUCAUGAGGGCAGAGCAUGAAAUGACCAAGAGAACAGGAGGGGAGGUGCCUCUGCUGUCGAUGGAGCAGGUGGGGGACCAAGGCCGAGCUGCACAAACACCCAUAAGGGAUGAUGGCAUCGUUGUGCUUCCUGGAACUAACACCAAAGCAGCCAGGAGAAGCUCUGGGCUUGGACAAGCCCCUUGUGGUCUCUGCACCUUCCAUGCAAGUGAUUGAGGAGCCCAGGUUCCUCUCCGGUGUCAGGGCUGGGAGGAACAGUGGCAGCUGGGCAGGUGGGAGUGGGCAGGAAAAAUCCCAGAGCAGUUUCCAGGGCGGGUUGGUGCUGGGGCCAUGUAUGUGGCUCUGAGGCCCUCACUAGUCCAAGGCCAGGCUGGCGGCCACUCUUACUUUUGGGGGGUUGUGACCUGGGAAUCAAUAUGUGCUUCACAAAAACUUGUGACCCAGGCAGUCACAACCUAGUCCACUAUAGUGAGUGGACUGACCAUUGACUUCCCCUGGGAGGGGAGGAGCAGUGUCUGCAUAGGCUGAAUAUCUGCCCAGCAGGAGGGGUUGCUAGCUACUGAGCCACCUGGUCCUCUGGUGGGUUUGAAGUGUCUUGAAGUUUAGCAACUAAAGGAAGUUAUAGAUAUUUAUCAAUCUAAUAAGAGAAAACGGCUCUGAAUUUUUCUUAAUAGUAACCGUCCACCCAGUGUGGCUCAAUGGUAGGAGUGUCAGCCCACACGCCUGAAAAGUGUCGAAUUAGAUUUCAGGUCAAGGGCAUGUAACCGGGUUGCAGUUUCGAUCCUCAGCUCCCAUUGGGGCUCAUGUGGGAGGCAUCCAGUUGAGGUGUCUCUCUCACAUUGAUCUCUCUCUCUCCACCCUUCCACUCUCUCUAAAAAUCAUGGAAAAGUAUCCUCAGGUGAGAAUUAACAAGAAAAAAAAGAAGCAGAAGCCACCUUGCUGCCCUGAAGUGGGGCCUCUGCCAGCUCGGCCCACCUCUCCUCACUCAUUCCUGCCAUUGCCUGGGGUGUUCCCACUGCUGUGGGGCACACUAUGUCCUUUCCCAGGGCUGGCCAGGCCUCUUCUGUCUCCUCCACCCAGAGGUCUCCCCAGCCUGCUUUUCUCCAUCCCUCAGGCACCUGGCCUCCUUCUGUAUCUCAGAGUAGCCCCCUGAUCUCUGGGCCCUCAAAUCAGUUCACCUUUGGAAAGUCCUGCUUCCACCCAGCCCACAGGCAUCCCUGAGCCCUACUGGCAUUGUUUGAGUCUCUGUUUUUUGCAUUUGGGGGGUAAUUUCCACUUUGAUUUGAUUAAAAAUUAAUCCACCCCUCCCCCAGCUCAGGAGGGACCACUGAUUCUCCAGAAAAUGUGCUGUGUUUUUUUCAAUGCUGAGAACAUUCUGCAAUACAAGCGAUUCUGAAAAGCGAGGCUUGGGCUCAACAUGAUGCCACAUUGGGCGGAUGCAUUGUGGGUGGUAUCCUCCCUCCCCAAGUUGGGCCUGUAGAAAGCAGACCCCCGCUCCUGUAGUCGGGUGAUGGACCCUGGACUGGGCCAAUCUAAGUGGAAGAUAUAAGAGUGUAAUUCAUACUAUUCUUUCAACCUUGUAUGCUUCAAAUUUCCACAUAGAAAGUUACAGUUUAAUUUACAUGUUCCCUAUCAAUAACACAUAUGUCCUCAUAAUUACCAUAAAUUGGAAAUAGCAUAAUAGAGCAAUAAAAUUAUGUGCAA